UUUUGCAAAAUUGCCCGAGUGAUAUUGCGUAUGAAAUUUCAAAAAUUUGUAAGAAGAAAUACAUUUUCAAACAGUAAUAUUUCAUAUUAUCUUGCAAACAUUCGUCUUUAAAAAAAAUUAAGGUUUUUGCAAGAAAAGUUCGCCCAUUAUUUUAGUGUUCUUACUUCGGUGAAUUCCUCUGCAAUAUAUCUAAUAACAAUACUCUCUUUAUUUAAUAUAUUAACGCAAUUUAUGCAAAUAGUUUUGCUUAUAAAUAAAAAGCCUUCACAAAACUUGCAGCACUUUUUACUGCAAGCUCGACAUACGAAGCUGCAAAUUGUAUAAUCAGUUACUACUGUGUUGUACUUAGAAAGCGCUAAACCAAGCAAUUCCACGUCCUUUUACAUGGUCGUUACUGCGUCAGUGUUGUGUUUAACUGUAAGAGCAUACUUAAUCCAAAAAAAAAACGCUUGUACCUAGGUAAGAUGGACGAGUUUGUGAAAACCAAAUUAUUAGAAUGGGGAUUUACAGAUCUUGUGGAGUCAUUUCACGAACAACAAGUUGAUCGCGACGUUUUUCUUUGCCUAAAUUUGGAGAAUCUCAAAGAGCUCAUUCCGACAUUUGGAAUAAGAAUUAAAUUUUGGAACAAAUACCAAACUUUUUUAAUUAAUGAGGCAUCAAAAGAGAAUGAGCUAAUAUACGUAGAUUCAUUGGAGUCCCCUGGUGGUGGAGGUGACGAUAUCUCCACAGAUAUAAGUUCUACUUUAACUGCAUCUCCAGCUCCGUCUGGGUCAACAUCUUCCUCACUUCUGCCUUUAGAUGAGCUGAAAGAAAGUACAUUCAUUUAUACUCAACGUGCCGCACUUGGCACACCAUUUGAAUGUAAUCCCAACGUAAUAACAUCCGACAUUCUAGAAGCUUUAGACUGUGAGGAGGGGAAGUUGGUGAUAGCAAGCUAUGGUGAGGGAAAACAGUUUAUGCGAAAUAAACUCUGUGAGCUUGUAAUCAGGCGGGAGUUAAAGCGAUCAACUACCAAAAGGAUUUCGUCUGAAAGGUUUCAUUACCUUGCUGAUCAAAUUAAUCAACUUUUCUUACAUGAAAGGCCAGAAGUAUACUAUGUGCCCUAUGUAAAUAAUGCAGGAAAACCAAAAGCAGCAAGAGGGAAACUAUUUAAUGUGUAUUUAUACCAACGCCAACUAUUAAAAAAAUUUGGUUUGCUGGCAAAAAAAGAAAAUUUAACUACUUCAGAAGCUGCUCCCGAAAAUACCGAUGAACAAACCGAAGAUAUUCUACUAUGGCUUAAAAAUAAUACUGAACCUAAGAAUCAGGUACUAGAUUAUUGGAAACUCACAACUAAAGAGAGAGCCAAUCGAAUGGUCUCCAUUGACCAAUAUUUUAAGCAAUACCCAAUAUUGAGAAGUCCUUUGUCGUAUCAUUUCUUUGAAAUUGAUUUCGACAACACGUACCCCAAUAAAGAAACAGUCUUUUAUGUAAAAUGGCCAAUGGUUGCGAAAAAAAUUAUUACAUUUGCUAAACAAAAAAAGGACGCUUAUAUAAAAUCUUUGCUGGAUGACUAUAAAGCUAUCCAAUCUGAUGAUUUGGACGAAAUUUUCGCGUUGCGUGUACUGCCCCUGCUGUUUAAUACGGUGAACAUUAAAACCAAAAAAGUGGGUUUGCAUUGGCGACCAUCUAAAAUCGAAUCACUGAACGGAUUUAUAAUUUUUGUUAAAGAGAGUAGCGAUGUUCAAAGUGUGCUUGAGGAAAGGCAGCGUAAAUUAGCAUCAUUUAAGCUAACUACGCAACCUGUCCCCGUGGUGGUAUGUAAGCAAAUAGAUUCCAUCGAAAGUUGUUAUGUGAGCAUUAACACAGAAUUGUUGAAAGUUGAUACCUUAUUGAAAGCUGUAGAUAUCACAUUUAAGGCAUGUCAUGUUCUAAAUGCAGAAUACUCUAAAGAAUGUGAUGCGGCGUGGACUUUCUUACAAAAAUAUAUAUACGACAUUCAUACAAAAUUUGAUAGGAAUUACAUUUCAGUGAAUGCAUUGAUGUCUGAUUUAGGUAAUGCGUAAUGCUUUGGUUCAUAUCGGCUUUAACGUCUUAUUUAGGAACCUAAGUUACGUACUACUAACAAUUUUUGUUCUUAUAGGAAGUAAAAAUGUUUAUUUGUUUUGUAUGUCAAAAAUCUUGUAAAUCCACAAAAAUAUUAUUUUUUCAUUACAAAAUUGAACACGAAUUGAAAAAAUGUUCAACAUUUUUUUGUAAGCAAAGUAAUUGCCAUAGACAAUUUAGCAGCAUCAACUCUUUGUACAAACACCUCAAAACUCACGGGGUUUCAAAAUUAUCGCCUCCAUCACAAAACAUUGUAACACCCAUAAAUAUUACAGUAGAUGCAAGUACAGUCACUAAGGAAAAUUGCACUAGGUACGACAGUAGUAUAGAUGAUUCUUCUAGCAAUGAUAUUGACCCAGUCACAUUUCGUAAUACCAAUACUGAAGAAAAUAAUGAAGAAGAAAAUACAAGUGCUCAGGAUAUCAUUGAACAUCUAAAAAACGAAAUUGUAAAAUAUAUUUUGGAAAUGUACUCAAACUCCUUAAUUCCAAGAUCAUUUGUACAGUUUGUGGUUCAUAAAACAGAAUCUUUGUUUAUAUCAAUAUUAGAAUUUUUGGAGUUAAACUACUU